AUGUACUCUCAUCAAUAUUUCUUCCGAUGGAAGGGUUCAGCAAUUCCAGCAGCUCUUCCUAAUGCUCUCUUAGUUACUGUAAUAGCCGCAGUUAUAACUAUUCUUUAUGAAUUAACUAACAUCAAGCUUAGUAUUGAUUCAGAUUUCAUUAAUGUGAUUGGUCUCGUGUUAAGUUUUCUACUUGCCUAUAGAGUUACCGCUGCAUACGAAAAGUAUGGGGAAGGGUUUAACCAAUGGACGUCAUUGAUGGCUUCUAUCCGUUGUAUGAGUACCCUUAUUGUUUGGGUAAAUGUAGAUGAAAAUGACGAAAAUGAUAUACUUGAAAAAAAGACAGCUUUAAAGCUUCUACUCGCUUUUGCUGUGGCUAUGAAGCAUCACGUUCGUGAGGAGAUGGGUACUCAUUACGUAGACAUUGUAGACUUAAUUCCAAGUACUAUGAAAAUAGAACAACCUAUGAACGAAAUCCGACAUGGAUAUGAAAGAGAACCACCUAGUGAUUAUACCACUUUUAUGAGCAUUUCCUUAUAUUUAUCUAAUUAUUUUAAAAAAAUAGCAAAUCGUAAAAAAGCUGAUGAAAAUAUAAUCAGUGUCUUAAACGAUAAUUUAGUCAAAAUAAUUGAUUGUUUUACAAAUAUUGAAAAAGUUACGAAAAACGCCCAACCUUUGUCGUAUUCCAUUUUUAUUUCCCAAACAGUAUGGAUUUAUUGCUUGGCUUUACCUUUUCAAUUGGUCGCAAAUUCAGGAUGGGUUUCAAUUCCUUUGAUCUUUUUUAUGGCCUUUAUUUUGUUUUGCGCUCAUCGAAUUGGUUCAGAGAUCGAAAAUCCUUUUGGAUAUGAUCUUAAUGAUUUAGACUUGGAUCAAUCUUGCAGUGAUAUUAAAAAGGAACUCGAUAUUUUAAGUUCAUUUCAAUGUCCAAAAUUCGAAGACAUCGUCAACUAUCAAAAUAAACGUUCCGGAGCAAUUCCAGAUGAUGUGAUAAGUAAUUUAUCAGUGAAAGAUAGAAAAAAUGAUGUACCGAUUGAAAUUUCGGAAACAUAA